AUGCAACUGUUCCUGAUCGGCUUCAUCAUCAUUUCUAUUUGCGAGAUCUUUUCAGUCGGCGCUUUCCCGCUCAGCGACUCUAUUAGAAAGGGCUUUUCCGCGGCUCAUGUUGCUGCCAUUUGUGCCACUGCCUGGCUGCUCCUUCUCAAUGCCAUUGUCGGCUACCAGCUCAUUGAUGAUGGUACCGCCGUCUCGCUUGGUCUUCUCGUCACCUCAGCUCUCAUCCUCUUCGUCGGUACUGGGUACAUUGCCCUCGAUACCGCCUUUGCAUGGACAGGCCGCUUCCAAUCCAGCCACCGCGCCCCCAACCAAAAUAUAGGAUUGUACAUUCUAUACCUUCUUUUUCCACUGAUUUGCAUAGUCGGAUUCUUCCUUCUCGAGACCUUCUUGGUUGUCAAGGUGCUCAAGGAGAAGAGACCCAUGCUAUACCUUUCCGUUGCUGGCCUUCUCUUUGCUCUGAGCCAGAUUUUCCAAUUCGUCAUUAGCACACACCUCUGCAAUGCCACCGACGGAAAAAUCAACGGCGCCUUCUUUGAGACCCUUUUCAAUUUUGGUGCCGUCAUCAUGGUGUGGGUUUUCUGGAGCAGCAUUACUGAAGACGACUGGCCAAUGAACGUUAGCGGAGCAUACAGUUAA